AUGGAGGGUCAUACGGAUAAGCAGGAGAGGAGGAAGGGUGGGUUGAGGAGGGUGAUUGCGAAGUUGAAGGGUGCGUUUGGAAGGCGUGGUGGGAAGGUUAAUGCUGCUGGGUCGAAUGAGGGAGCGGCGAGUCAGCAACGUGAAGAGCCAGUUGCGAGGGAGGGAGGUUUCAGCGAAGCUCCGGUUGGGAAUACUUCGUCUCCUGCGGAAAACGUGGUCGAGGACACAUUAAUAUCGAUACCACCCGCGAGCUCAAACGCUGUUCUGGUUGCAGAACACGACAACACGAUGUCGGUUCCUGAAGACGAGAAGAAGACCGAGUCUGCUCCUCCAGCACGACAGAAUCGCAGCGGGAUGGCGGCAGAAAAAGCACAGGCGCUGUUUGAGAAGUACGGCGUGACAUACGACCCGAGUACUGCACCCGCGGUAUCAGAAACGAAGGCUCGACGGGUGGAGAAGCCGAUUCGGAUUAGGAUACACUGGACGUGUCACGACUGCAACAGUCAAUUCGGAGGGAGCAAGACGUGCGCGAAUUGCGGACAUAGACGGUGUGGUGAAUGCCCGAGGGCGCCUGCGAAGAAGAUCAGAGAGGCGCUGGAGAAUGCUCAGAAUGCAGCGAGGGAGCAGAAUGGUGGUGCUGGUCCGGGCAUGGGAGGGAUGACUACGGCGCUGGUGGUCGAGGCGUCGGAGGCGGCGUCACCAGCGCUCGCAGCUGAGAGGACGCUAUCUGGGAAUAUAGAGGCUCGGACUCCUGAGGAUAUGGCAGCGGACGACCUUCCAGCUGAGCUAUCACUGUACGUCAAGCAACAACGUCCGUCGACGGGUGUGGAAGCGGUGUUUGAGUCACAAGAUCGAACGACCCGACGGACUUGCCACGAAUGCGAGACUCACUUUGAGCCAGGCCAUGCGGAUGAAUGUCAACAUUGCGGGCAUAAGCUAUGUACCGCCUGCCCUCGAGAUCCCAUCCGCCGCAACCAGUCCACUCGAGACGGGACAGACGACCAAGAGCGCAGUCGAAAAGUGCAAAAGACCUCAACCGUCCAACGCGUCUUCCGCAAACCCCGCCAACGCAUCCGCUGGACCUGCCACGAGUGCGACUUGACCUUUGUCGACAAGCAGAAGUGUCGCGGGUGUGGACAUGAGCGGUGCAGGCAGUGUCCGCGGACUCCUUCCAAGAAAGUCCCACCACCGCCAGACCCAGCCGUGCUGCAAUCGCUAGCCGAUAAGCUCGGUGGGACGAAAGUGUGCGCCGAAGAUUCAGAGGUCGAGGCUACUACGGCGGAGUAG